AUGGUCACGACACGCUCAGCAUCCAAGGCCGUCUCACAGGCUCCGAAUCUUUGGUAUCACGCGCCGGAUCGUGCGACGCUCUACUGGUUUGCGAUUUCGCUUCCACUCGUGAUUUGGGACAGCAUUUAUGUGCUUGGACGCCCGUAUACCAUGGAGGGCGGCUUCCUCAACUGGCCGCUCUAUGUUCCUUAUAUACUGUACGGCAAGACCGACUAUGUUUAUGGUUGGAAGGCAUACAAUGAGCGCAACGGUUUCACCGCAGCGCAGGGGACUUUGAAUGUCGUCGAGACCGCCAUGUAUCUUACCUACCUAUACAUUUACUUUGGUCGAGGCAAACCCGUGGGCGGAAUUCUUGGUGGGGAGAAAAGGGUCUUGCAAGGCCGUCCCGCGGGAUUGGCAGCGCUGCUCGCUUUCAGCGCUGCGGUCAUGACACUAAGCAAGACAGUGCUUUACUGGGCAAAUGAGUACUUCUCGGAUUUCGCUAACAUCGGGCACAAUAGCUGGCCUGACUUGAUUACGCUCUGGAUCAUUCCCAACGGUGCGUGGCUUGUUCUCCCCACUUACAUCAUCUAUGUGAUAGGUGGAGAGAUCAUCGAUGGAUUGGCAGCGGCUUCCACGGGCACAAACAGUAAGCUCGAGUAA